AUGCCUAAAGCGCCUUCCUCGGGUGCAGCGAACUCUAGCGGCAGGCCUUCACUGCGCAGGAACCAGGCAUGCCUCUCCUGCCGCAAGCGUAAACUCAAAUGCGACGCUCAAAGGCCCCAUUGCGGGACAUGUGUGAAGCAAUGGCAGACCCAGAUUAGUGUCCCGCCUCCGCCUGGUUACCAGCACCCAGUAGAGCCACAGUGCUCGUACGACCCGGUAGAAGGCCUCCCUUUAGCGCCUGAUAUCGACCCCCAGGACAAGAUUCGCGAAUUGGAGGAACAAGUCUCGCAACUGAAGCGCAAGCUCAAGGGCAGCAAGAAUGGCCUGGAUCGCGACGGUUCUGGAUCGCCUAGUAGCAGCCACACUUAUUCCCCGUCUCAACAACAUGCCGCGCGAUCCUCACCACUGUCCCCAUCUUCUGGGAACGGUGGCUUGCCGUCCGAUUUCAAUCCUAGACCCAACGCCACAACUAGUCCUAUAUCUCUGCCACACGUAUCUCUGGGCCUGUCGCCCAUGUCCGUGGAUCGGCUCAUCAAUGACGACAACAAUGUGAUGAACAUAAAUCGAAGCGCCCGUUCGGAUUCUCUGAAAUCCUUGAUACAUCUGGGCUGGAACCCGGAACUUCCUGAGCCGGCUACUCUCGAGCGCUACGUCGAUGUCUUCUUCAAGUGUGAUCCUUGCGGAUCUCGAAUAUUACACAGACCAUCCUUCCUCGCCGCCCUUCAUCUACCUCCGAAGAAUCCGGACUUUCCUCAUUCGGCUAUUUUGCAUGCUAUCUGCGCGUCCGCGUCCCGCUGGGUCUCGAAAGAAGUCGUCGUACUCCCCGACGGGACAAGACGAGACCGCUUCGCCGAGUUUCACUCGCGCAAGACUCGAGAAUACAUCGACAACACUAUGGCCAGCGGAGCUGACAUCUUCCAAGUCAUGCAGGCGUGCAUUCUCCUCUCUUGGUACUUCUACUCCGAGGGGCGCUGGGUGGAGGUCUGGAUCUUCGCUGGGUUUCAAGCGCGGGUCGCUGUGCCGCUCCGUCUGAACUAUCAAGGGACUUUCGCGACUCACAACAGCGGGUCCCCUGGCGCUUACCUUCCGCCUCCAAAAGAUCCUCUCGACCUCGAGCUGAGACGCAGGGCCUGGUGGAUGACCAUACUCUUUGAUCGCAUCGUAUCAGUGGGCGGUUGGGUACACGCUCUUGAUGAGAGAGACAUAGGCACGGAGUUCCCACUCCGGGCCGUCGACUUCGAAGUCUAUAGCGCUGCCAUGGAUGACAACCCUCAACACCUCUGGACGCCCAACCUAUACACAGACCAUCCCAUUCAGUAUACUGACUCCGGACUUCUACUCUUGAAGGCGAUGAUGCUCUUCGGCCGUGUUACGGACUUCGGAGUACGCACGAAUCUGCGAAAGCCGCCUGUCGGCUUGGCCCUCGACCCAUUCCGGUUGCCAGGCUUCGAGGAGCUAGACCGUCUCGUUUGCGGAGGAUUUCUUGACAGUCUCCCCGGAAAGUAUCAUAAUCCACUCCUGUAUGGCGACGCAGACAGCGUCUAUAGCAAUGGUGGGCUGGAUACAGAUCUCUACAUGGUUCAUAUGAUUCCCCAUGCCGCCACGAUCACUCUGCACAACCCGUAUAUAGACAUCAAGAAUGAUCCUCAGGGCACCUCUGUCGUACGAUGCAUCAGUGCAUCGGAAGCUAUCUUGCAGAUGCAUCGCAACCUCACUUCAACAAACUACGAUCUCAGCAGACUGCACCCCUUUGCGACGAUCUGCUGGUAUCUGGCGGCCGUUGUGCAAGUACAGCUCUGCAAAUACUUCAUUGAACGCGGCGAGUCGGACAAGGAAUACGCUACUUGGGGAGUGAUCAAUGUUCUCCGCUUUGCAAUGUCGCAUUACGGACUGAGGUCGCCUAUCGGAACCCGUCAGGAGAAGUUGCUACAAGGCCUGAUGACGGAGAUCGUACGCAUGACGACGCAGCCUGACCCGCUGGACGUAACCAUCCCUCUUUACCCAUUCUCCCAUACGACAGCAUUUGCCAAGGGCGACGGUGAGAGCACAGACACCGCUCACACUGCGCCACUCCCUAUCGGCUCGGACUUCCACGGAGAUCAUUCUCUCGGUGGAGGCAUUGGACUCUCACCGUCCCACCUCGGGUUAUCGUCGCACCCGCUCGGCGUCCCAUUGCAUUCGCAGGUGUCACCGGAUAUGCUCGGAACUUCGCAGCUACGGGAUCUGGGCCUACACCACGACACUUCUUGGAUGUCCGACAUGGGACACGGUCGGCCGGGCAACAACGCGCCGUAUCAUUAG